AUGUACAUUUCAAUCUAUUGUAUAUUGUCUUUCUUGAUUUCUGCAUGUUCAGGAAUAUCCGUGAAAGCAUCUGAUGGUUGCGGUUACGAUGUGUGUAAUUUAGGCGAUCCGAAUAAAUUAAAUGUGCACAUUGUUCCACACACUCAUAAUGAUGUUGGUUGGUUAAAAACUGUUGAUCAGUACUUCUAUGGUGCACGAAAUGAUAUUCAACAUGCUGCAGUGCAAUAUAUUCUCGACUCGGUCAUUCCAGCGCUAAUCGAAAAUCCUGAUCGUCGUUUCGUUUAUGUUGAAAUCGCUUUCUUCUGGCGCUGGUGGAUCCAACAAACCGAAGACAUGCAAAAUACAGUGAGAAAACUUGUCAAUGAAAGACAUCUAGAAUUUAUUUCUGGCGGAUGGUCAAUGAACGAUGAAGGUGUGACGCAUUACAAUUCCAUUAUAGAUCAACAUAGUUUAGGGGCUGAGUUUUUGCGUGAUCAAUUUGGUGAAUGUGGUAGACCGAAACUUGGCUGGCAAAUUGAUCCAUUCGGUCAUUCGAAAGAAGUAGCUUCAUUGUUUGCACAGAUGGGUUUCGACGGAUUGUUCUUCGGAAGAAUCGACUUUCAAGAUUAUACUCAACGGAACCAAUCAAAAACGAUGGAAAUGAUUUGGAAAGGUAGUUACGACCUUGGUGAACCAAGUUGGCUUUUCACUGGUGUCAUUCCAAGAGUAUAUACAGCACCACAAUCAUUUUGUUUUGAUUAUCGGUGUCAUGAUGAACCAAUUCGAGAUGAUCCACAAUUGCAUGACUAUAAUGUACCAGAGCGUGUACAAGCAUUCAUUGACGCAGCACACAUACAAGCACGUAGUUAUACAACUAAUCACAUAAUGAUGACUAUGGGAAGUGAUUUUCAUUAUGAAAAUUCUAACGAAUGGUUUAAAAACUUAGAAAAACUAAUGAAAUAUGUUAACGCACAGCAAGCGAAUGGAAGUGAUGUCAAUCUAUUCUAUUCGACUCCAACAUGUUAUCUAUAUGCAUUGAAUCAAGUUAAUAAAACUUGGCCAACGAAAACUGACGAUUUUUUCCCCAUUUCAUGGAAUACACAUGGUUUGUGGACUGGCUAUUUUACAUCACGGCCAGCAUUAAAACGAUAUGAACGAUAUGCAAAUAAUAUUCUUCAAGUGACAAAGCAAUUGAAUGCAUUUUCAAAUCUUACACUGCGUCAUGCAUUUUUUCCUCUAAGUGAAGCGAUGGGGAUUGUUCAGCAUCAUGACGCAGUGAGUGGAACUGAAAAACAGCAUGUAGCAAAUGAUUAUGCACAACGUUUGGCACAGGGUAUUGAUUCUGCAGAAUAUGUCGUCGAUCAAGCAUUGAAAAAGUUGUUAUCAAAGGGAGAUCAUUCAUUGCCGGUUCCAAAUCAGUUUUUUUGUCAUUUUUUGAACAUUAGUGAAUGUCUACCAAUUGAAGAUCAAAAUAAUUUUACAAUCACUAUCUGGAAUCCAACAAUUCAACCAAUUGAACAAAUUGUUCGUGUACCAGUGACAAAAAUGUAUACGAUUCGAAAUGCAACGGGCCAAGGAAUUGUAGCCGACAUGCUGCCAAUUGCUCUGUCUGUCAAAACUAUACCAGGUCGAAUGAGUCGAGCUGACUACGAACUACUGUUUACAGCAUCCGUACCUGGCCUUGGUUUCAGUACUUAUUAUUUCGAAACUAAAAAUCAAUCGGUAAAACAAACUAUGAAAGUAAUACGAGAUCAAGCUUGUAUACUUCAAAACAAACAUCUUCGAAUUGAAUUUGAUGAGAAAGGAAAUUUAAUCAAGAUAAGAAAUCUCGAUAGAAAUUUCGAUGUUGCAUUCUCCGGUCAAGGUUUAUAUUGGUAUACAAGUUUUCCAGGAAAUAGUUCAAUGCCAGAAUUUCAAGCUUCCGGUGCAUAUUUUUUCCGUCCAUUAACACCGUAUCCAAUACCAGCGAGCAACACUCGAAACAUAACGUGCACCUAUACACAUCAAGUUAACAAAGCAUCGAUUGUCUAUAAUAAUUGGGCUAGCCAAGAGAUAAGUAUCUAUGGUGAAGGACAUAUUGUUGAAGUUGAAUGGAUUGUUGGACCAAUACCGAUUGAAGAUGAUCGUGGGAAAGAAAUUAUCAUGCGUUAUGACACAGAUAUUCCGAGUGAUGGACUUUUCUACACCGAUGCUAACGGACGACAAGUCUUACAGCGUAAAAGAGAUUAUCGAUCGUCCUAUAAUUACACUGUCUAUGAAGGUGUUAGCGGUAACUAUUAUCCAGUUGCCAGUCGUAUUUGGGUUAAAGAUAGUCAAAGACAACUAACUGUACUUACAGGUGCUGACUUUCUUUUCCGACUGAUUAGACGAUUUUGUUUUGUCUUUUGUACCAUUCUAGAUCGUUCACAAGGCGGCUCAAGUAUGCACGAUGGUUCCGUCGAACUGAUGAUUCAUCGACGGACGUUAUACGAUGAUUCUCAAGGUGUAGGUGAACCAAUCAACGAAACGGCAUAUGGUCGAGGUCUUGUUGUUCGUGGUAAACAUUAUUUGAUCAUCGAACCAGUAGAAUCGAGCGCAUCGUAUCAUCGUAUGGCAAGUCAAAAGCUUUUCAUGAGUCCUACGAUGACGUUUGCUCUGCCGAAUGUAUCUUAUGAAGUUUAUUCACAUAAUUAUCAUCAGACAUGGACGAGUUUGAAUCAAUCGUUACCUGUCAAUGUUCAUUUAUUGACUUUGGAUCAAUUAUCUGCGAAAGUUUUUCUUCUACGCGUUGAACAUUAUUUUGAAACGGACGAAGAUGCCGUUUACUCGAAAUCAGUGGAAAUUGAUUUACAAAGCGUAUUUCAUGUCCUGGGAAAAAUUACUGAUUUGACUGAACUAACUUUAGUAGCUAAUUUGCCAUUGACCAAUAUGAAACGUUUAACAUGGAGAACAGAUCGAAAUGAAUCGUCCUAUUGGAAGUCAACGGGUUUGUAA